CGGCAGCAGCAGCAGCAACCGAAGAAGCCUUUGUUGCAAUCCCAGUCGUCGGAACACUCGAAAUUUCCCUGUGUACAGUUGCCUACCCUCCCUCCCGCUCGGCUACACCCACGCGCCCACCUACCCAAAAGAACCGCGCGGCCUCCUUCCCCGGUGCCACCACCUCGUCGGACUCGCAUCGAUCGGCAGCUAAACAAGCACCCGCCGCGCGCGAUGGCAAUGGACGCGGCUGUGGCCGAGAAGACCGGCGGAGGCGGAGCGGCCGGGGUCGCGGCGGGCGCGCAGGUGGGGCUGAACGGCGGCGGCGUCGGCGGCGGCGAGAGGCGUUCCCGGUUCCAUCGCAUCUGCGUGUACUGCGGCAGCGCCAAGGGCCGGAAGCCCAGCUACCAGGACGCCGCCGUCGAGCUCGGCAAGGAGUUGGUGGAGAGGGGCAUCGACCUGGUCUACGGGGGAGGUUCCAUCGGCCUCAUGGGGCUGGUCUCUCAUGCAGUUCAUGAUGGAGGUCGCCAUGUGAUUGGGGUCAUACCGAGGUCCUUGAUGCCCAGAGAGGUAACUGGCGAACCUGUUGGAGAAGUGAGGGCGGUCUCUGGCAUGCACGAGAGGAAGGCGGAGAUGGCCCGUUUUGCUGACGCCUUCAUAGCGCUACCUGGCGGCUACGGAACUCUGGAAGAGGUGCUUGAGGUCAUCACCUGGGCGCAACUAGGAAUCCAUAGGAAGCCGGUUGGGCUUGUGAACGUGGAUGGGUUCUACGACCCGUUGCUGUCCUUCAUCGACAUGGCCGUGAACGAAGGGUUCAUCAAGGAGGACGCUCGGCGCAUCGUCGUCUCAGCUCCCACGGCGAAGGAGCUUGUUCUCAAGCUUGAGGAGUAUGUUCCGGAAUACGAGGUCGGUUUGGUGUGGGAGGAUCAGAUGCCGGCGGCGGAGCUGGAGAGCCCGGGAUCGCCUCCUCCUCGUCUCUGGACGUCGGCUGCCCUUCUCUGACCAGUUGCUGACCGACAGCGGCCGGAUCUCAAAGUAGUAGGCAUCUAUGCUGAUAUAUAUAUACUAAUCUAAUUAACCAACAAGAACGGGACGUCGUCGUCUACCUCUAGCUCUAGACUCAGCCUGUUGAUUUGUUCUUUUGGGAUGGGUGACAGUGUUUACCUUAGCAUCGUUAGCCGCAGUGCAGUGCGUCUCUCUGUCAUCGCUGAUCUUUUGGGCUUUUGCUCCUAUAGGAGCAGGAAGGAAGGCAUGGUAUGUAUGUAUAUUCCGGGUACGUGGCGACGGACCUGAUCGGCUGUUCUUGUUCGCUCGCAGCCUCGCACUCGCACUGUGUGAUGGAAUGGGAUGAUGAUGUACUGUGUCCGGAACAAACAAACAAAAAAAGACUAAUUAUGC